AUGGUGUGGGAGAGAAUAAGAAGCCCUAAUUUCUUCUCCUCCUUCUGCUGCUGCUUCAGAUCAAAACCCAGAGCUCAUUCUAGUCCUUCUUCUUCAGAGGCAUUACUGCUGUUGCAAAGGGAGGUAGACGAUGUGGUGGUUACAAGGCCCGGAUGGAAGGCCAUGCCUUACAUUUUGGGGAACGAAGCGAUCGAGAAGAUGGCGACUUUUGGGCUCACAACAAACUUAAUGGUGUAUCUAGUGAGGGAGUAUCACAUGGAUCAGGUUUUUGCUGCAAACCUUCUCGCUCUCUGGACCUGUGCUUACUGUUUGUUCACCGUUCUCGGUGCUUCUCUUGCUGAUACAUACCUUGGCAAAUUCCGAACGAUUCUGUUCGCUUCCUUUGCAAGUCUUCUGGGCAUGGUGACAAUAACUGUGACAGCCUUUGUGCCACUACUGCGACCUCCACCUUGCGAUCUUCCUCAGCAUUGCAUCUCCAACACAAAAACCCAAUUGUGGAUUUUGAUUAUGGGUCUAAGCUGGUUAGGCAUAGGCGGUGCUGGGAUUAGGCCAUGCAGCCUUCCCUUUGGAAUUGAUCAAUUUGAUUCUUCAACUGUGGAAGGAAGACUAGCGAUCCAUAGCUUCUUAAAUUGGUACUACACCUCAGCUACUUUGGUUGUGUUAAUCAAUCUAGUCUUCGUGGUCUACAUUCAAGACUCUGUGAGUUGGGCUCUGGGAUUUGGCAUACCCACCCUGCUCAUGAUGUUAUGUGCAAUUCCUUUAUUUUUGGUUGGAUCGAACAUUUACGUGCGUGUGAAGCCAGAAGGAAGCAUGUUCUUAAGCUUUGCACAAGUUCUUGUUGCGGCAUACAAGAAGCGCCAUCUUAAGCUUCUCAAUGAUGAAAGGGUACAGGGAGUUCUCUUCGAUGCUUCAUUGGAUGGGAAUGCAGUAGUGUCAAAGCUUCCUCUAUCUACUCAAUCUAGCUUCUUGAAGAAAGCGGCCCUAGUAGUGGAUAAUGAACUUAAAGAAGAUGGAUUUUCUGCAAAUGUGUGGAGGCUGUGCACCAUGCAACAAGUUGAAGAUGUAAUAUGUGUGUUAAAAACUCUCCCAAUAUGGGCUUCUGGAGGCAUCUUCUUGAUCCCUUUUGUAGAGGAAGGAACAUUUAUGGUAUCACAAGCCCUAAAAAUGGACCGUCACAUCGGAACCAAAUUCCAAAUGCCUGCAGGUUCAAUCAAAAUAAUAUCAUUGAGCAUAGUAAUUAUAUGGCUCCCGUUGUACGACUGUGUUAUACAACCGGCCCUGAAAAAGAUCACCAAGUAUGAAGAUGGGAUUCCAACUUUAAAAAGAAUAGGAAUGGGGUACGUUUUCUCAAUUCUAUGUAUGUUGGUCGCUGGAUUGGUUGAGCAACAGAGAAGAGCUUUGGCUACAUUACAUGGUGAAUCACUAAAUGGGGUUGCACCCAUGUCGGUUUUCUGGCUGUUUCCGCAGCUUAUGCUACUGGGGCUUAGUGAGGUGUUUGGGGCUCUUGGACACAUUGAAUUUUAUAACAGAGAGUUUCCUGAGAAGAUGAAGAGUAUUGGGAACUCUUUGAUCUAUCUCUGCAUGGCGGGUGCGACUUAUUUGAGUAGUUUGGUGGUGACCUUUGUGCAUAGUGUUACUGGAAAGUAUGGCCAAUCCAACUGGUUGGAUAAUGAUAUCAAUGCCGGCAGAUUGGACUUCUUUUACUUCUUGAUAGCUGGGUUAGGGGUGCUAAAUUUUGUUUACUUUGUGUUCUGUGCUUGUGGAUAUACUCACAAGGCCAGUGUAAAGGCAGUAGAGAUCGUCCCUGAUGUUUAA